AGGUUUUAUUGAUCUCCAUUUUGCUUCAUCAUUACUGCCUUUCCCUCUCUAUUUCUGCAAAAAUCUUCGUUUCAGAGGUUCAUUGAAUACUAAUAAUCUCUGAGAUCGUUUCGUUUUUUCUCUUUCAUUCUCUUCAAGUUUUGUAUUUGAUGGGUUUGAAUUUAUGAGCUCUUGCUCACUGAACUUUCUAGCUUUGCUCUCUUUCGUGCUUCAAAACAAGGUUUCGCUUUGUUUUGCUCUGUUUCUCGUAUUCAUCUCGAUGCUCUACAAUGUCUGAUGCUGGUGGAUUUCUUUGAAAAUCGAGUCCGGAAGCCAUUGAUUACAAAGUGAGUGUUCUUUUAAUUAGUAUUUUAUGGCUUCGACCUCAAUUUCAUGACCUGGGUAGUGAAAGUUUUGGCGAGAAAUGGGUGGUACGAACUCCAAAAUCGAGAACAACGAAGCCCUACGCCUUUGUAAGGAGCGAAAACGGUACAUCAAACAGGCCAUCGAUUCGAGAUACGCUCUAGCCGCUGCGCAUGUUUGUUACGUUCAGGCCCUCAGAAACGUCGGCGUUUCUCUCCGACGAUAUGCCGAGGCUGAGGUGUUGAUAGAAUCGUCUUUGUCAACAUCGGCUACCGAGAUCGACAAAACGCCGUCGCAUUCCUCUUAUCCGUCUCCAUGUCCGUCGCACACUGCCGAUGCUUCGGAGUCUCCAUUGCAGGAAAGCCCCAUUUCUCCGCCGAUAGCCACUAUUAGUUACAUGGUCGCCGGAGGUGGAACUCCUCUUACUGUCAAGGUCCGGCCAAGUAACCAUAGUUUUGUGUAUGAAGAAUCAGUUGCUGAUUCUUCCCCAUUGCCUCCACCACCCCCGCCGCCACUCCACGAGUCAGGGCCGUCUUAUUACUUUGAUACCAAUGAUGAAAUUGAGAGCUUUAGGUUUUUGGGGACUGGUGGAAUGGAUGUGAGCUUUGAGGAUGAGAGAAUGUGGAAGCAAUUUAAGGGAGAAAUGAUUGAUCCCACCAAAGAUAAAUCUCAUGAAGGAACUUCAAAGCUAGAAGCAGUGCAAAAAGCUGGUGAUAAUGGUGAGAAUUUGAGUUCCUUUGAGGCUGUUGAAGAAAGAAAUUUGGAGAUGACGAGACGGGAAGAUAAAGAGGUUAAUUCGGCAAGUUUAUCAAACAAAGUUGUGCUUGAACAAUCUGCUUCGAGAGGCGGGAUGGAGUUGGAGAAGAGAUUGUGUACUGAACAAGAGGAUCCCUCAGAGUUUAUUACUCAUAGAGCUAAAGAUUUUCUUUCCAGCAUUAAGGAGAUCGAUAAUCGGUUUCAGAGAGCUUCGGAAUCUGGGAGGGAGAUCUCUAGAAUGCUUGAAGCCAAUAAAAUCAGAGUUGGAUACCUUGAAGAAAACGGAAGUAUAUCCGGUUUUGCUUUUCUCGACCCUUUACGUCGAUUACGACUUGUUUGUUGUCCUGCAAAACCUGCCCUCUAUUCUCAUGAAGAAGCUCAUAAGACAAAAGUGAUUACAUGGAAAAGGUCAACAUCAACUCGGUCAUCUUCAUCAAGGAAUCCUCUUGCUGCCAAAGAUGACGAUGACAGUGGAAGUGAGUUUGUAGAAGAGUUCUGUAUGAUCUCUGGAAGUCAUUCCUCUACCUUGGAUCGGCUUUACGCGUGGGAGAGGAAACUCUACGAUGAAGUCAAGGCAAGCGAAUCCAUUAGGAAGGAGUAUGAUCGUAAGUGUGAUCAACUCAGAUAUCUAUUUGCAAAGGAUUACAGUACACAAGUCAUCGACAAAACGAGGGCAGUUGUCAAGGAUCUGCACUCCCGGAUACGAGUUGCAAUUUAUUCUGUUGAUUCAAUAUCAAAACGCAUUGAGAAAAUGAGGGAUGAAGAGAUGCAGCCACAACUUAUUGAGCUCAUUCAGGGGUUGAUCAGGAUGUGGAAGGCGAUGCUUGAAUGUCAUCACUCACAGUACAUAACAAUAUCAUUGGCAUAUCAUUCAAAGAGUACUGCCAUGGGUACACCUCGAGCAGAUGCACAGAGGCAGAUAUCGAUCCAACUUCAACAAGAAAUCGAAUGUUUUGGCCUAAGCUUUGCAAACUGGAUCAACAGCCUUGCAUCGUAUGUUGGUGCUUUGAACGGCUGGCUACAGCAUUGUAUUCAGCCACAGGAUCGUUCAAAGAGCAGAAGGCCAUUCUCUCCUCGCCGUGUCAUUGCCCCACCUAUCUUUGUCCUUUGUCGUGAUUGGUUAAUCGGAAUUGAUGACCUUCCAUCCAAUGAACUCAGCAAUGCCAUCAGAGCCUUCUUGGGAGAAUUGAACUGUUCAAUAUCCCAACAAGCUGAACUACAGAGGAAACAGAAGCUUGUCGAAGCAAACACUGGUGAAGAACUAGAAGGGAAGGCCGACGAAAAUGCCACAUUCUCUUCAAAUAUAAGUUGCAUACAUUCAAGUUUAACAAAAGUUCUCGAUCGACUAACGAAAUUUUCUGAGGCCUCACUCAAAAUGUACGAAGAUGUUAGACAGAAAAGCGAGGCCGCACAAUCAACAUAUUUGAAUUAUAAGCCAGUUAGAUAUUAACCAUGUAAUUAAGGGGAAGUACAAAUAUGUCUCAAGUUGGGCUGAGAUGGAAUAUUUGUAUAGUUUUGAGGAAUUUGUUGCAUGAUGAUGAUGCUCAUUUUAUUCUGCUUCCAGAAAUCCUGUUGAUUUCUUGAAAGUCAAAUUCUUUUCUUUCCUUUUUUCUUCAUUAUUGUGAUCUUAGGCAGAAUCUAAUCAAUUUAGGACCAUUGAAUUCUAGGAAAGGCGUUCUAGUUCUAACUAAAGGCCUCAAUAUCUGUUAGGAAUUCCUAUUUGUACAAAGUCAAAGUCCAUAAUCAAAUUCUUGAAUAUGAAUAAUGUAUGUUGAGAAAAAAAAAA